CCCCUCCGCCGUCCCCUCCCUGAGCCGCAGCCGGGACUGGCCCCUCUUCCGGCAACGGAGCGGUGGUGCCCGGGCUCUUCUCCUGCCCGUCACACCGGGCCGUCUCCGGUUCUGUUUCCUUCCUGUGCUGGCAGCGCCGCGUUGUUAGAAGCGUAACCCCCCGAUCUGCGGGGCUCCCGUUCUGAGGGAGCGGCAGCGAGGAAAAACAAGACCACAAUGAAACGCGAAGCAUUUCUACAAGUGGUGUCUAAAGAGUCUAUUGAAGACUUCUUGCGUUAUACUCAGACUCCUCAAAAUACAUUUGAUCCUUUCGACUUGACUGAACUACUUCAAGAAUUGCCAAGAAAGCAGAAAGAAGUACUAUGGGAGAGGCUGAUGCAGCUAUUGACAGAGACUUUGAUGGACAACCCUGUGGAAACGUGGCAGAGGGUUGAAGAUGAUGAAAAUAAUGAUAACGUGGAAGCAGAGAGAGUUCCACAAAUGAAACAAACUCUAGCUGUGAUCCAAGGAGUGGCAGCUGUAGUUACUGCUUCCAUACCUGCAGUGGAUGAAACUGUAAACUACAAAGCUCUUCUAGAGUGUGUUUUUAUAUUAAAUGGUAUUCUUCCUGCAUCACCUGAAUCUGAAAAAAUCCUACAGCGUGCUAUCCAACAUAUAUGUGAAAUGUGGUGGGAGAAAGGACUGGAAGGGAAGGAGCAGCUAGGGAAGACUCUGUUUAUUAUUCUGCUAAGAAAAAGCCUGGCUAAAGCUGCUACGGGUGCAGAUAUUGUUCGUCUAUGGAAUCUACAUCAGACAUUACUUUGUUUUGAUUACGAUUCAGAGGAGAGUAAUGAAGUCAAGGACUUGUUGCUCCAGUGUUUUAUGAGUGUAAAACACAUCAAAAAAGAAGAGGGAAGAAGAUUCUUGAGCUUUUUGUUCAGCUGGAAUAUAAACUUCAUUAAAAUGAUCCAUGGAACUGUUAAAAACCAAUUACAAUUCUUUCCGAGAUCCUUGGUGGAAUACAUUUCAGAAGUUUACUUCAGGGCCUGGAAGAAGGUGUCAGGAGAAUUCCUAGAGAUACUUGAACAUAACUGCAUUCAGGACUUCAUGCAUCAUGGAAUUCAUCUUCCCAGAAGUUCUUCUGUUCAUUCUAAAGUUAGAGAGAUGCUGAGUUAUUUUCAUAAACAAAGUAAAGUUCGUCAAGGAGUUGAAGAAUUGCUAUACAGAUUGUAUCAACCUAUCCUUUGGAGAUCACUGAAGGCCAGAAACUCAGAAGUUCGAUCAAAUGCAGCAUUUUUGUUUGUUGAUGCUUUUCCUGUUCGUGAUCCCAGUUUUAAUGCUGAAGAAAUGGACAAUGAAAUUCAGAAACAGUUUGAAGAACUCUUUAGUCUUUUGGAAGAUCCUCAUCCAGUUGUCCGCUCUACAGGGAUACUCGGAGUUACUCAGAUAACAUCCAAAUACUGGGAGAUGAUUCCUCCAACAAUUCUUGCUGAUCUGUUAAAAAAAGUAACUGAAGAGUUGGCAUACGAUGUAACAUCUGCUGAUGUUCGAUGCUCUGUUUUUAAAUGCCUACCAUUCAUUUUGGACAACAAACUAAGUCACCCAUUACUGGAACAGCUCUUGCCAGCAGUCAAACACAGUCUUCAUGACAAUUCAGAGAAAGUGCGAGUGGCUUUUGUUGAUAUGCUGCUGAAAAUUAAGGCUACCAAGGCUGCUAAGUUCUGGAAAAUCUGUCCCAUGGAGCAUCUUCUGGCUCGUCUUGAAGUUGAUUCACGGCCUGUGUCACGACGCAUAGUGAACCUCUUAUUCAACUCUUUCUUUCCCACUAACCAACCUGAGGAUGUGUGGUGUGAGCGCUGUGUUACACUCAUCCAGAUGAAUUCAGCAGCAGCUAGGAAGUUCUACCAAUAUGCUUAUGAAUAUACUGCCCCUACCAAUAUAGCUAAAUUGAUGCUUACUAUUCGGCGCUGCUUGAAUGCCUGCAUCCAGAAAGCAAUGAAAGAGAGUCUUCAUGAUAGCGAUGAUAGCGAUGAUGAUGAUGAUGAUGAUGAUGAUGAUGAUGAUGAUGAAGAAGAAAGUGAAAAGGAGAAUACAAGUGUCUUGAAUAAUGUGUUGUCAAUAAACGAUGUGGCCAGCAUGGCAAGUUUAUUGGAGAUUGCUGUAAUUCUCUGGAGAAGUAUUCAGAAAGCACUAGAUCACAAUGAAGAGGCCAAAGAUUAUGCUAUCAGAAAAUUUGCUUCUGUACUUCCUGAAUAUUUUAAAGUAUUUAAGGAUGAGCGUUGCGUGACUCCAUUGGUUAUUCUGGCAUCCUUUAUGCCCCCUGCUGCUAUUCCUACAUUCAGCUGUGGUGUGAUCGCCAGACUCAGAAAUAUUGACAAUGGAGCUGACCAAAGCAAAUAUUCAACCCUGAUAGACUGCAUGUGUCGCUGGGGUCAAGUGGGACAUAUUAUGGAAUUAGCCUGUGAUUGGCUGUCUGACAAACUAACCCCAAGAAAGAGUAUUAAAACAACUGAACGACGAGUACGUCUCCAUGUUACACAAGAAUCUAAGCCAGAAUUAGCAAUUGAUUACAUUGAAUAUUUAUUGACUCAUCCUUUUAAUCGUGGUUGCCUACUCUCUGUUCCUAAAAAGAAACUGAUGAAGCUUUUGAAAAUUCUCAGUGCUGCAAAGGAGGUUCUUGGCUCAGUUCUGAAAGCAACUGAUGCAGGUUCUGGUAGCUGCAAUCAAGCAACUAGCCUAAGAGCCUUCAGCCUCUUUUGCAGGUUGAGUAUUCAUCUUCAGAACAAGUUUUCUGAAGAAGGAAAAGAGUACCUCUCUCUUCUGAAGGAGACAGGUGCUUGGAUAGAAAGUCAAGUUGUACCUUUUAUACUAGCAAGUGAUCAAGAGGAUGGCAUUCCAAACCACAGUAACGUUUCUGAAUUAAUUAUCCAGGCCUAUCUGACAGUAUGUAAAGAUGUCAUAAUGGUUGGCCUUGGCGAUAUCGCGUUUCAAGCACAGCUUUUAGAUAUGGCUCUUUCAGUUAUACAAACAGAGAGAGGUGGCUUUUGUGCUCCAGUAUUACUGUAUUCUCUAAAAGAAAUUACUGAAGCUUCUUUAACUCAGAAUACUGAGACAGAUGAAGUGGCAAAUCUUCUCUAUGCUGUACAGACGGUCUUCCAGAAAGUUUUAGAAUGCGUGGCACGUAGACUCAAGAAACAGCAGGAAGAAGGGAUUCAGUUGAUCCACUCUAUUGAAAUCCCUCUUGGAGAAUUCAUACGUACAGUCCAGCGCUGGCAUUCAUAUUGCCCGGCAGUUCACCAAGGUGUAUUCUCUACUCUCCUGGCUGCAAUAGUAGCAGAGAUAAAUUAUGUGCUACAGAAGGCUUCCAGUGAAAAAGACUUAACGAUACCAAAGACGGUUUCAGACCUUCCUCCUCUUUCAAGCAGUUUAAUGGCCAUAAUUAUGAAGUCAGUUAAUGUUGUCAGGUCAUUUUUAAAUGAAUUAAUGGAAUGCAUUCUCUCUGAAGAAAUUGAAGGGAUUUUUAGUCUAACAGCUAGUGUCUGCAUUGUGAUUAUAAUUAAAGGUAAGCACAAAACUUCACUUCUAAAGGAUAUUGCACCUGCCAUUCAGAGGUCCCUGCUAACAUGCAAGGAUGCUGCUGCAGGAGAAUCUAGCAGCACUGAAAGAAUCCUGUAUGAAUCAUCUUUGAAAAUUUUGGAUGACUUUUUGAAUCUUUGACCACACGGAAGCUUUUGUCAUGAAAAUUAAAGGAAGAAAGAUGUAUUGCUUUUUUAAAAAGAUUAUCUUGUAAACUUAUCAAUUGUUAAAGUUUGUUUUCUGUUAUUCUGUACAUAUAUAAAGCAGGAAAAAUGUAUAUAAGUGUGUACAGAAAUCAUGUAAUAGUAAAGAUUUUUCAAACAGCUGUAAAGAGGUUAUUCUGUAUAAAAAUGUAUUAUUUGGGGGGGUGUAAAAUCAAUAUCUUUUUUUUAUAAAUAAGUAAUUGUAUCUUAUAUACUUGGAGACUGAGGUAGCAUGUACCCUCACUCCCUGGGAAGGCUAUGCAGCGUAUUCUUUAAGGUUAUGGAAAUUAAUUUAGUUUCAAGACACAUGAAGGACAAAAUGGUGAUUGAGAAUAGCCAUCAUGAAUUCACCAGGGCAAGCUCUGCCUAACCAACCUCCUUUCCCUCCAUUUUGUGGAAGAAGGGAGAGCAGAGAACACCAUCUUUCCUGUCCUUGGCAAAGACUUGUACACGGGCUUGUAGCGUCCCUAGAGCCAAGGGGGAGAGAGCUGAACUUAGAAGGUGGGUGGGAAAGGGACUGGACCAUCAGACUUGAAGAAGAAUGAUGCUACACUGUCAGAUUGAAAGCCGGCUACUUGCGGCAUUCCCCAGUGCAGCUACUGCUGCGAAUAUUAUUUAACAUUUUUAUUAAAAGCUUGGGCAAUGGGAUGAAAUGCAACCUCAGUCUGUUGGCAGAUGACACUGACUUGGGAGCAAUGGUUGAUACUUUGAGGGGUGGGGUGGCCCCAUUCAGUGGGGUCCUGACAAGCUGCAUUUAAGGAUCAAUGAAUCUUGUUAUGCUCAACAAAGACACGUUUCUACCUGCAACGGACUAAUCCUCUGUACCAGCAUGGCCAGUGCAGAAGGGUGGUCUCAUUGCUGUCUUCAACUACCUGGAUGAGGGUUAAGAAAAGACUUUUAUUAGAGGUACACGUGAAGACAAUGUGAGGCAACAGAAACAACUUACAGCACGAGAAAUUCUUGUUGGACAUAAGAAAAAAAAAUUUCUUUAUGAAAGUGAAUUGAAACUGGAAGCAGAACAGGCACAGGUUGCUCAGAAAGGCUGUGGAACAUCCAUCCUUGGAGACGUGCAGAACCUGACUGACAAGGCCCUGACCAUCAUCUCAUCAUUUUGAAGUUAGCCCUGCUCCAGCCGGGGA